AUCUUCAUCUUCUCAACUAAACAUAUUAGUCACUGGAAAAUAUUCGAGAUGACGGAAAAAGAAAGCAAACACUCCGCGGAGGCUGGCGCCGUCCGAUCCCUCCAAGAAACUCCCACUUGGGCUCUUGCCACCGUUUGUUUCUUCUUCAUCGCCGUUUCCAUUUUUCUCGAGCGUCUCAUCAAUCUUCUCUCCACUAGACUUAAGAAUAAUAGAAAAAAAUCGCUACUUGAAGCUGUAGAGAACCUCAAAUCAGUUCUAAUGGUGCUAGGAUUCAUGUCACUAAUGCUAAAUGUGACUGAAGGAGAAGUUUCGAAGAUAUGCAUUCCCAUAAAGUAUGCCAAUCGAAUGUUGCCUUGUCGUAAAACCAUAAAAUCACAUGAUGAUGUUAAUGGAGAUGAUGAUGAUGAUGAUGAUCAUGACAACAGCUUCUUUCAUCAGUGCUCUUCCAAGGGGAAGACGUCACUAAUAUCACAAGAAGGGUUGACUCAGUUGAGUUUCUUCUUCUGUGUGUUGGCAUGUAUGCAUAUUCUCUGCAAUCUUGCCAUUCUUCUUCUUGGAAUGGCCAAGAUGAGAAAAUGGGAAUCGUGGGAGAAAGAGACCCAAACAGUGGAGUAUCUAGCAGCAAACGAUCCGAAUAGGUUUAGAAUAACAAGAGAUACCACAUUUGCUCGACGACACCUAAGUUCUUGGACUGAAACAUCGAUUCAACUUUGGAUUAAAUGUUUCUUUAGGCAAUUUUUCAACUCGGUGGCGAAAGUCGAUUACCUCACACUUCGUCAUGGGUUCAUCUUUGCUCAUGUAUCGUCAAAUAAUGCUUUCAACUUCCAAAAUUAUAUACAAAGAUCUUUACAUGAAGAUUUUAAAACCGUGGUUGGUAUAAGUCCUUUAAUGUGGCUAACUGUGGUCAUCUUUAUGCUCCUCGACGUUUAUGGUUGGAGAGUAUACUUUUAUAUGUCAUUUGUGCCACUAAUUAUAGUGCUAGUGAUCGGGACGAAACUAGAGAUGAUAGUAGCGAAAAUGGCUGUCACAAUUAAGGAGAAUAACAGUGUAAUUAGAGGAACCCCUCUUGUUGAGCCAAACGACACGCAUUUCUGGUUUUCCAAUCCUCGUUUCCUCUUAAGCAUUCUACACUACACGCUGUUUCUGAACACCUUCGAGAUGGCAUUUUUUCUCUGGGUCACUUGGCAAUUUGGGAUUAACUCUUGCUACCAUGAUAACCGAGGGAUCAUAAUCACAAGACUUGUAUUAGCGGUGACGGUCCAGUUCUUGAGCAGCUACAUAACACUGCCUCUUUAUGCCAUUGUAACUCAGAUGGGGUCAAGCUACAAGAGAGCAAUCUUAGAAGAACAAUUAGCAAAUGUAUUAAGGCAAUGGCAAGGUAUAGUUAGAGACAGGAGGAAGAAAGAACAAACACCAGAAACCGACAACAACGAUAACAAUAACAAUGGCGAUAUCGAUUCUGGCGAAAGUCCGGUUCAGUCAGAAGUUGCUUAUGAUUUCAGAUUUUCGGGUGGACAACCACCGAUUUUACAAGAUAUACCGAUACAAGAGCAAACCGAAAGGUGAUAGGAUUGAUGGAAAAUUGGGAAGACAUUGUUGGUAUUAUUGAUAAGAAUUUAGAGAUUGCCUUUACUAAGUUUAGCCUGAAGUUUGAUUAGAGCUUAUGUAAUCAAAUAAAUGAGUGUCAGUGUU